AUAGGCGUAAAACGCUUGAUCUAUGAAAGUAAUGUAAAACGCUGCGAGGAAAAGAGGAAACUCGUGGUCUAAGUGGCAGUGGUUGUCCUCCUUUACAAAUGGCGACUUACGGUGAAACACGCCGACUUUUAUAACCACCAGAGUAGAUUGAUUGCUUUCGCAUUGUAGGUCGAAGAAAGUGUGAGAAACUUGUUGGAAUAAAGUAAGGAAAUUAGAAAAAAUGGGAAACGUGUCGGCUACUUCUGCUCCUCCACCACCUCCGCCUCCAACAUCAGCUCCUGAACUUCCUCAGCUAGAAAAAACAGAUUCCACAACCGGGGUCACGACUGCUCCGACAACGGAACACCUUGAAAAUCCUGGCACGAUCGAGGAUCUUCAUAAGAAAUGCAAAGAUGUGCUCCCUGUUAAUUUUGAAGGAGCUAAGUUGAUGUUGAAUAAAGGCCUUAGUAAUCACUUUCAGAUUUCACAUACAAUUAAUAUGAGUUCGGUUACACCGUCUGGAUACAAGUUUGGUGCAACUUAUGUGGGUACUAAGCAGAUAUGUCCUACAGAAGCUUAUCCUGUUUUAUUUGGUGAUAUUGAUCCUAUUGGAAAUCUCAAUGCUAAUAUAAUUCAUCAAAUAGGGCAGAGAUUAAGGGCAAAGGUAGCUGUUCAAGUACAAAGAAGUAAAUUUACUGCAGUACAAAUGACAAAUGAUUAUCGCGGUGAUGCUUACACAGCUUCUCUUACAGUAGGUAAUCCGGAUAUACUUAAUGGAUCUGGCGUUUUAGUUAUGCACUAUCUUCAAAGCAUAACUCCAUCUAUUGCUCUGGGAGGUGAACUUGCAUAUCAACGUGGACCAGGAUUACCUGGAGGACAAAUUGUUGUUGUGUCAGCUGCUGGCAGAUAUACAAACGGAGAGUCUACUAUUAGCUGUAGUUUAGGUUUGGCGGGUUGUCACGUUUGUUUUCAUCAGAAAGCUAGUCAGAAUUUGCAAGUAGGUGUAGAAUUGGAAAUUAAUGCACGAUUACAAGAGUCUACAGGUACCAUUGCUUAUCAAGUUGAUUUACCAAAAGCAGAUUUAUUGUUUAGAGGAAGUGUUGAUACAACUUGGACGGUGGGAGCAGUUUUAGAAAAGAAAUUACAACCAUUGCCAUUUUCUUUUGCACUUAGUGGUAUGCUCAAUCAUAGCAAACAACAGUUUAGACUUGGUUGUGGCCUUAUUAUUGGCUAAGAGUUGCGCUAGUUUACGUAAUUAAUUUUUAUCAUACGAAUGGAAAAAGCAGUGCUUUACUGCCGUGUUAUUAAAGAUAACAAUGUAACUAGCAUUUAUGAUGCAAAGUUAGUGUCUUUUCUCAGUCUCUCAUCCAUCAUUUAUUAUACAUCUUUAGUAAAGGUAUAUUAUUCGAAUAUAUAAUUAAACAUUCACUUGUAUUAAACAUUCACACUGUAGGGCCAGUGAAUUAUAAAAUAUUCCAAAGUCACAACACAUCAAAUUACUAUUUCUAUCACUGCAUUUAUAGCAUUUUUGUUACAAUUUCAAUUAAGAACGAACAUUCACUGCAUUUGUGGAUUUGUAAAAACGAAAAUGUACAUAAAUAUCCGUGUGUUGGUAUCGAAA